GACUCUGAGGGCCGUCACUUCGUUGACCGUGAUGGGACUUAUUUCGGGUGCAUCCUCGAGUACCUCAGAAUGGAGAAACUUCCUACUGAACACCUGCAGGAGGUGCAUAAGGAGGCGCUUUACUACGACAUCAAACCUCUGGUCAAAGCCAUCGAGGAGACGCCGCAGUUCUUCGGAGAGUCGGUCGGGAGACAGCAGUUUUUGACCCGUGUGCCAAAUUAUCGAGAAAACCUGGAGGUGAUUGUGCGGGUGGCCAGAGCCGAGGCCAUCGCCUCACGCUACUCCAACAUAAUCGUGUGUGUUGUGAGGACAGAAGAGGAUUUAACCAGAUACAACCAUGCUAUCGACAGUCUCGGCACCCCAAGAGAGUCUGUGGUGAGCUUUGGUCCGUGGAAAGCUCCCGCGUCAGUGGAAGAUCUGUUAGAUUGCGUCAAAUUGGACAUAGAAGCCAAAGGAUAUAAAGUAAAGAUCCAACCACACAGCAUAGACAAAGGGUUUCUCUUUAAGAGCUACGACUUCUUCUAUAAAUUGAUUUUCACUUGGUGGUGA